AUGGCUACCGUACAAAAACUUAGAUAUAAAGGACCAUACGAGAUUACAAAGUACAAUGGUAAAGGUAACUAUUCUCUGUUCGAAGACGUAAAGGGUGUUACGAUAGGACCAUUUAAUCAGAGAAAUCUACAACAGAGAGACAACGUAAAGGACGACCUCAAUGAGAGUUGCAACACUGACAUUGAUUCUGAUACAAAUGUUGAUGACGAUGAUGAAAACGUUGUUGAUGAUGACGAUAAGGAUGAUGACGACGUCGACGAUAAGAAUGAUGAGGAUGAAGAAAAUGACGAUAAGGGUGAUGCUGAGGAUAAUGAUGAUCAUAUCGAUGCACAUAAAGAAGAUGCAGAAGACAGUAUAUUUAAAACUCAGGACAGGUUUCAGUAA